UCUUUUUUGGGUGUAGACUAUUUACGUAAUAUUAUAUAUUUAUAUAUAUACAUUUUUUUUUUCUUAUUAACUCCUUGAUUUUACUUUAAACUCUGUUUUUUUCUUUGGCAUAUGUUUUCAUGAAGAGAAAAGAAAAAAAACGAAAAGAAAUGAAAAGAAAAGGUGCUCAAAUUCCAUAUGUGUGUAUAUGUUCAUCAAAAAUCUUUACCUUGUGCUUAAUUGCAUGUUUGUUGCCUAUCGAAAAAAUUAAAACUAAAAAACUGCAUGUUAGUGUGUGUUUAAGUGUUUAAUGAUAAUGGUAAGUUGUGUGUAGACUUCAUUGCAGGAUUUUCUCAUGCGAAAUUGUAUAUGAAAGAUGGAGGGGAAAAGAGGGGAAGAUAGUGAUGCAAUAUUCUCUAAGUGGGAAUUUGGCAUUUCUGGUCCGGUUCAUCUCACUUCAGCUGAUUGGAGAAACCCCGAUCACACAAGAUCAGUUGUAGCUAGUUUGAUUCAAGGAGUGUACGUGUUAGAAAGAGACCGCCAAAAUAAAAGAACAGGGAACAAAGCAUUAGCGCCAGCUUGGUGGGAUUACUUCCAUUUCCAAUGCAUGAAAACUCUUAUAGAUCAAAUUGAUUUAUCCAUAUUUGGAGCCAUAUUUGAGUACAAACCCCGUGUAAUUAUCCCUCAACAAGGUGUUCCUCCAAGGUAUGUCAUUGUCUUUCGUGGUACACUCAUGGAAACCGACACACGAAAACGAGACCUUUACUUGGAUAUCCAACUCCCCUUUAGCAGACUAACCCGAGACUCCCGGUAUCUAAUCGCGUUUCAAGAGAUACAAGGCAUACUCGAAAUAAGUCCUAAAAAUGUUUUGUUAGCAGGGCACUCUCUUGGGGCAGCUAUUGCACUCCAAGCAGGUAAAGACAUGGCUAAAAGGGGAUGUCAUAUUGAGACUUACCUUUUUAACCCCCCAUACACUUCUGCCCCGAUAGAAAAGAUAAACAAUACUUAUCUAAAAGGCAAAAUCCGUAUUGCUAAAAGUAUUGUUACAGCGGGAAUCUACCAGGUUGCUAAAAAAGGUAUCAAAAAUUAUAAUAACUCGACAAAACAACAUGACUCAUAUUCGUCGUUGUGUUCAUGGAUCCCUAACCUAUUUGUAAACCCGAGUGAUCCAAUUUGUUGUGAAUACAUCGGCCAUUUCGAGCAUCGAGGAAGGAUGAAGGAAUUGGGAAUGGAUCAAGUUGAUUUAAUUGUAACCAAGCAUUCGUUGAUGAGUAUGUUAGUAGGUGCACUAGGAAAAGAUGGUGAGCCACCACAUCUAAUUCCAUCGGCUUUGCUUACUAAGAACGUGAAAAAUGUGGUGCAAAGUGUCAAGGAAGCUCAUUGCGUUAAUCAAUGGUGGGAACCACAUUCAUAUUGCCACUCUAAGCUUUAUGUAUUCGAACCUUGAUCUAAUGCAAGUAAAGAACUACUAUGAUUCGAAAUGUAUUGUUGUUUAAUUAUUUUGGGUAAUGUAUAAGUUUGGCAAUUCAAUUAUUGUCUAUUACUUGCAACUUAGUAUAUGUCAAUGAUUUUUUUAGACUAAAUUGUUUGUUUGCUCAAUCUCUGUUAUAUAUAUAGUUUAAUAGUCAAAGCUAAGACUCAGUGUAAAUCGAUAUCUCAUCAAUUGAUCAAUU